UAAGUUGGUAUCAGUAUUCGCAGAAAGUCUCUGGUAAAGUGGAUCAGCGCGCGAAGUUCAAAUAAAAGCAAGCAGAACAUAGAUAAAAUACAAAAGGACAAAAGGUUUAAUUAGUGAAAAAGUGAAAAAUGUCUCUGGUUCCAAUUCUAUUCCGUGACUGGUGGGAUGAUUGCUGGGAUGUUCCACUGAGGACAUCCAGAAUCAUGGACCAGCAUUUCGGCAGUGGCAUUUCAGCGGACGAUUUAUUAACUGCGCUUACAACAGCGGCAGCUGCACAGUCUGCUAAUCGUAACCGUCCCAGAUAUGGCUACAAUAGACCAUGGCACAAUGCAAGCGUCGCAUUGCGGAAUGAUGCCGGUUCAAAAGUUAACGUGGCCAGUGACAAAUUCCAAAUCAAUCUCGACGUUCAACAGUUUUCCCCGGAGGAAAUUCAUGUUACGGCCGACGAGAAAUGCGUCACCGUGGAAGGAAAACAUGAGGAGAAGCAGGAUGAACAUGGCUACAUCUCGAGACAUUUCGUGCGGCGCUAUAUGCUGCCAUCAGGACACGAUCACAAUGACAUUGUUUCAUCGCUGUCAUCGGAUGGUAUUCUCACGAUAACCGCUCCAAAGAAAGCUCUUCCAGCAGCGGAAUCGAGAACAAUUCCUAUUGUUAAGACUGGACAACCGUUGCAAAAAUUGGCUGGAAAAUCUGCCACCAAUGGAUCGGAGAAACCCGCUGAGAAGGCUGCUUAAAUUUUAAUUCCUUAUUAUUGUUAUAUUUAAUCUACUGCUACCUCAGAAUGAUAAUCAAAUUAUCGAGUACAGCUUAUAGUUGUUUUUGUUUUAUCGUAUCUAUGUAUUUCCAUUUUCCCAAAUAAAUUAUGCUUAUGGCUAUAUAAGUCUUUGAA